CAGCACUGACAUUGCAAAGCACCGCAUUAAGCACAGACUUUUCAGGGAAGAAAAUGGCUUUUGGGAUGAAGCUUGAUAUUUGUAUAGAUUUGGAAAUAUUUUGAAAAACAGUUCUGAACUACUCCGUUUACUUUGUUUUGUACAUCAAGGAUACAGCUUUUAUUAGCUCUGUAAUAGGCUAUAGAAAUCCUUUUGUACAUUUAAGGCAUGCCUACAAAGUGCAGCUAUUUUCAUACUGUGAUUUUUUAAUAUUGGACUGCUGGUUGAAAGGAUGUAGUAUGAUAACUGUUGUCCAAUUCUGCAAUUAUCAUUUGAUUACCAUAUUAAUAUUCCUUUCUAUGAUUUGAUAAUGAGAGAUUACCAUGUACAACUAUUCGGGGGCUGUAAUUUGUUAUACUGGUUUUCAAGAGAGAUCUUGAAUGCAUUUGUCACUGUCACAAAUAUUUGGAGCUCAAGAAUGUGGUGAUGUGAGAUUUUUCUGUUUCUACUCCGAGCUUAGUUUGAAAUGUUUCUCAUUCUUGUUGUUGGUAAUUUAGUUUGAAAACUAAUGUUAGCGACUUGCCAGUAUGGGGAUUGAGAACCAAUGCUCCAAAGGUGGGAAUUAUAUUGGUGGCUUCCUCCAGAUGUUUGAUUGGAAUGCUAAUUCUAGGAAGAAGCUGUUUUCAAGCAAGUCAGAAGUAACCGAGAAAUCCAAACAGAAUAAAAGAUGUGAUGGGAAUUCGCCAAGGACGCAUCUUUCCAUGAUAGAAAUGGAUGAAAAGGCGGCCGUAUCCAGUGUAGGAGGAAGCAGUGAUCAAAGCUGCGCUUCAUCCCUAGUUGAUGAAGACUUUUAUGGGACGAAGGCGCCUGGAGUUGUUGCAAGGCUGAUGGGAUUGGAUUCCUUGCCUAAAUCCAGCAUGCCGGAGCCUUACUCCACUCCACUUUUCAGCUCUAGCUCAUUUCGUGAUGCUUAUUACCUAACCAAAAACAGUGAAAACCCUCAGGAAAGCCGUCUGCAGGGUUUGUAUAACCGCAAUGAAAUGGAGCUCAACUAUCCAAGGGUGAUACACAAGCCUAUUGAGAAAUUUCAAACUGAAACCUUGCCACCUAAAUCAGCUAAAUCAAUUCCAAUCACACACCAUAAACUUCUCUCUCCUAUAAAAAGUGCUAACUUUAUCCCACCUAAGGAUGCUGCUCACAUAAUGGAAGCAGCAGCAAGGAUUAUUGAGCCAGGACCAUCUCAUUUGAGUACAAAGACGAAGCUGCCUCCGGUAGGAGCUUCUUCAGUCCCUUUAAGAAUAAGGGGUUUGAAGGAGAAGGCUGAAGCAGCACAAAAACCAUCAAAGAUUUUUGAAGGUUCUCGAAGAAAAGCUGAAUCCAGUCUCAGGGGAAACACAAUGGUUAAGAGCUGGAAUGGAUCAGUUGGUGCAAUGGCAAUAAGGGUAAUGCCUGACUCGGAUGGAACAUCGUCUAAUGGUGUGAAAAGUAAUGGAAAGACUAUUUCUCUGGCUUUACAGGCAAAGGCCAAUGUUCAGAAGAGAGUGGGCUUAAGUUUGAAUGGCAACAAGAAUAUUGUUAGCCAGAAAGAUUUGUGUGAGCUCAGUCCCAAUCAUCCCUUGAAAAGCCAAUCGACUACAAGCAGUCCUAAUCAUCCCUUCAAAAGCCAGUCGACUACACUAAGUCCCAAUCAUCCUUUGAAAAGCCAUUCGACUACACUAAGUCCCAAUCAUCCUUUGAAAAGCCAGUCGACUGCACAGAAGAGUACGACAAAGAAACAAUCUAUGCAAAAUGGUUCAAGUGUGCUACAGCAGAACAAUCAGAAGCAAAACUGCAUUGUUGAUAGAGGAAAGUUGUCUUCAAAAUGCAACUCUAAAGGAGGAAAAACCACCCCCAGUGGAGAAUCUUUGUCCACUAGGCAACGAAAUUCUAGCAAAGUUUCCAGCAACUCUCGAGUUAAUUUGAGGAAGUUGAGCUCAGAGGUUAUAGACGAAAAACGAGAAGCAUUGCCUUCUUGCAAAGAAAGAGUUACUAGCAAGAAACGGUCUGUAGAUGGGAGUUACCACUUGGGUAAAAAUCAAGCUGUUAAAAACUUGCAGAUGGAUAGAAGUGGGAAAGUCAUCCAAUCUAGGGAUAUUACAGAUAGGCAGAGUAGUUGGGAUCAAGAAAGUGGAGCGAAUGGAACGGAUGUCGUUUCAUUUACUUUCAAAUCUCCAAUGACACGAUUGGCGUCAGAUUCUCUUAGGCCCGGAGAGGCAGGGGAAACUUGUAAGAUCUUGUCAGCAGGCUAUCAAAGUAAAAGAUCUGAUGAUAUGAGUGGUUCGAGAUUUUCUUUCUGUGGAAAUAAUGUUAAGGGAGGUGAUGCAUUAAACACUCUUUUGGAGCAAAAACUAAAAGAAUUGGCUGAUAAGGUAGAAUUCUCCCCACAAAAUUCCGUGGGGCUAGAAGAAACACGAAUUAGCGAUGGUAAUAUAUCUAGAGCCAGAAAGUUACUCGACCGCAGGCUUCCUAGUUCAAUUUCAGUUCUUGAACAUUCUUCAUUUCCAGACAGUUGCAGUUCGUCAGAUACUGCCGACAGUAAUAGCACUAGAGGCAGCAAGCAGUGUUCAUCAAUCCACACUACGGAAGAGCUAGACUCUUUUUCCUCAAAGACGUAUCUUGCAGAUGAACCCGAUGCUGAGUUAUCAGACUCAGCUUCAUCAACUUCUAUUGAAACUGUGCCAAAAAGGAAAGAGAUCAUUUUAGCCUCAACUGACAACGUGAGUCGUAGAAGGUGGGAAUUCAAGUAUGUGAAGGAGAUGCUAUCCAAUAUAGAGCUGAAGUUCAAGGACUAUGCAGUAGGCAGAACUCAAGGCAUAGUAAACCCUCGUCUUUUUAAUCAGCUAGAAAGCUGCAAUCAGUUCUUGAGUAACGGUGUUGAGAUUCCUGUGAUAGACCAAAGAGUUUUGUUCGACUGUGUUAGUGAAUGCUUAAACCUGAGGUGCAGACAAUUUGUUGGCGGUGGAUACAGAUCGUUGGCUAAAGGUCUGUCGUUGGUUAGACAAGAGGGGACAUUUGCUCAAGAAGUCCACAGAGAAAUCUCUGGUUGGAAUGCAAACAUUGGAGAUUCCAUGAUAGAUGAACUUGUAGAUAAGGACAUGAGCAAUCAAUAUGGUAGAUGGGUCGACUUUGAUAUCGAAGCAUUUGAACUUGGGACACAGAUUCAGUCCCAGAUUCUUAAUUCUUUGAUAGAUGAAGUUGUAGCUGAUAUACAUUGAUGCUUAAGCAAAUCAUACCCUUCAACUUGAAUUGUAGUUAUUCUUCAUUUAUCUAUUUCGAUAAAAUUGAUUAUUCUUAUAACGUAAA